AUGGAGUCAGUCCCCGAAACAAGAUUUGUACCUAGCAUACGAACGUCUAUGUCCAAAGACACAAGGCAUCUUGCAUCAAGAGCCACUAUGUCUGAGGACACAAGGCAUCCUGCACCCCGAGCUUCUGUGCCUAAAGAUACAAAGCACCCUGCACUACGAGCUUCUGUACCUAAAGAUACAAGGCAUCCUGCACUUCGCAGCUUCCCCGCCGCAUCCGACCGCCUCGGAGCAAACCAAACGACGCCAAGACAGGGAUAUGGCCGGUGGACCGGGGCACGCGCCCCGUCAGGUUUCCGUCAUCAUAACGCAGCUCCGCCAGAGCGUUAUUCUCCACAGCACGCACACAUCGCUAGGUCUGGCAGUAGGCACAGAACUCUGUUCACUCGUUCAGAAUCCAACAAUUCCACUAUCUACGGGUCUUGCGGAGAAUGA